AUGAAUCAUAGCCCAUCAAAACAAUACAGCUUUGAAGGUCGCUCUUUGACCUGGGAAAUUCUUUCAAGGGCAAUAUCUGAUGCAAACAUCCCCUUCGCACUAGACAGGCUUCAAUGGAGAGGAGAUCAGAGAAAAGGUUGGACCCGGUUGAAGAACCAGGAUGAUCUAUUUAGUUGCAUACUGGAUUUUACUCGAUGCAAAGAAAGCUUGGCUUCUAAUAGUACUGCAGAACAUAAGGGGUUCCAGUUGGUUUUGAGUCUUGUAAAGAAAAUUAUUCUUCCACACCAUGAAUUCGAGGAAAUGGUUAAGGCAAAAAGCUUUGAAGAACUAGCACGGGAGUUGAGUAUUGCAGUUUCUUUGAUGAAUCGUCAUCGUAAUACCUUUAGCAGCCCAUCCUUGGAUAGAAUGAGUUUUCAGCCCUUCAGAGAGAGACGCGAAGAGUUGGGAAUUGAUUCAUUGGAUUCAUUAAUCGAUGGUGCAACAAGAGCAUUAGCAGAGCAAGAAGGAUCCAAACUCAUUCCCGCAACGAAAUCAUCGAUUGAGGCUUUAGAGGACGUUACCCUCGAUGGUGUUGAUCACUCCACAUCAUCUUGUGCAAUCUGUUUGGAAAACAUGGUAACAAGUUCUCCAGUCACUUGCUUGCCAUGCUCCCACAAGUUCCACAAGACUUGCAUUGUUCUGUGGCUUGAGAGGAGUCCCAUGUGCCCCUUGUGCCGCUUUGAGUUGUCAACCAUUAAUUAG